GGCGAGUGCAAGCGCUGGCGUGAGUUAUCGAAGGACAUGCAGAGCAGGUCCAGCGACGAUCCUGCAGACCACCAAGACAACUUUGUCGGGACUUCGGACUCGGAUGAAUCGUCCUCCAACGAUGAACCGGUCGUCUUGGGUGGUGACGCUGUUCUCGGUAGCCGAGGCGCUGAUCGCAGCUCGGAAGAACAAGACGACGACGUUCAGAUCACCGACGUCCGAUGGUCGAUGUUGCGCCAGACCCCAGGGCAGCGGUUCAUUCUUCCUACUCUGCGACCUCCGCACCGACGAGCAAACCCUCGGCCACCGCCUUCCUCAGGUGUGUCAUAUGCAAUUGUACUCGUGGACGAGGACGACCCUCCUGACAACGCGCCUCCACCACCGCUGAAGCGACGAAAAGCCGACGGCAGGGGGGUCCCACCGACCUCUCCUCCACCUUCGUUAGAUGUUGGCCGCUCCCGGCAAGAUUCCAUCAACGCAGCAAAAGUUCACAUGCGAUGCCCACUAUGCCUGGACACCAUGGUUACGAUCACAUCGACCAAGUGCGGCCACGUGUACUGCAGAUCCUGCAUUGCGGAAGCCAUCAACCAUAUACACAAAUGUCCUCUGUGCAGCCGCGAGCUCUCCUUGCGAGAUAUCCAUCCCGUGUUUCUCUAACUUAACUAUCCAUCCCGAGAUUCUCAA